AUGUCAGAGCGAAAAUCAAUAAAUAAGUAUUAUCCACCAGAUUAUAACCCUUUGGAAGCAGAAAAGGCAGCAAAAAAAUUAUCAAAGAAACUAAAAACUACCAAUAAAGAUGUUGUUACAAUUCGAUUAAUGAUGCCAUUUAGUGCACGAUGUCUAAAAUGUUCUGAAUUUAUUGCAAAAGGUCGAAAAUUUAAUGGUAAGAAGGCAUUAUUAAACGAAAAGUAUUUGGAAACUAUUAAAAUCUAUAGAAUGUCCAUUCGAUGUCCUGGUUGUAGCAAUCAGAUAUCAUUUAAGACAGAUCCUAAGAGUGCAGAUUAUAUUAUUGAAGUAGGUGCUGAAAGAAAUUUUGUGACUAACAGAAAGGAGGAGGAAAAAAAUGCAGAGGAAACCAUAGAAAUGACAAUGGAUAGAUUAGCUAAAGAACGAGAAUUAGAGCAAGCUGCUAAGACUGGGGAAAAAAAUAAUAUAGGGCAAGAUAAAAUGAAAGUUUUGGAAGACAGAUUAACAAAAUUGCAAACAGAACAACAACAAGAUGAAGAAUUAGAAAAUUUGAAGAACAGUAGUUAUUUGGCAAGGCGCAGAGCCGAAAUAAUUCAAAAUGAAAGAGAACUUCAACACAUUGCUGCUGAGCAAGAUCUCGAUAGGUUGGUUACUGAAAAAUUUAGGGAAGAACAAAAGAAAAACUAG